AAGGAAAAGGUUGGAUAUAAAUUUAAUAAAUAGAAUAUUUUUACAUGGAAAUAAUUGCAGGUGGAUGCUAGCUUCAUUUGAGGGUGCUGGUAGUUCCUGAAACAGUCUAAAUUAAUUAAAAUUUGCUAUUCUAGGUGUUUGCAUUAUAACAUUUAUUUUUUGCAUGAAAAAUGUUUUGUAAGAUUUGUAAGUAAAUGUUUACCUUCUUGUCAGAAACCGGUGAGAAAGAAAUUGCAUGAUCCCAUGUAAUUUGGUGUUUUAGGGUUUAGAACAUAAGGAUUUUAGAGCCUUAUGUUCUAAAUUCACAAUUUGUAACCAAUGUGAGAAGGAGAAAUAGUAUUUGCUUGCUGUUGCAAUCUGUAUUUUGUUGGGAUGAAAAUCGAGGUGACAAAAGAGUUCUAACAUGCAUUAUCUGCACUGUACUGAACACUUAACAAAUCAUAUAAAUGGCUAAUAAGAUGUUGACCAAAACAAGACAAAACAAAUCACCAUAGAAUGAGAUUCAGACAAGCUUUCUGGUUUUGGAGGUGUGCACAAAGAGCAAUCAAAAUUAAUGUUGCUUGAGAUGGAUACUUUAUGUACCAAUGGGGAGAUAUUGGUUGCUCAUUUAAUAUUUGUAAUUCACUGGGAAAUAGUGAGAUAAACUGCUUGGCUAUCACUAAAAUUGAACUUAAAAUUCAUGUACAUCACAGGGUCUUUCAAAAUAGGCAGCAAAAUGUCUGAACCCCUCAGGCUAGAUUUGAUACAUGAAUUUUUCAUUGCUGCUACUAUAAUAUAUACACAAUAUGCCUCUAAAACAAAACUUUUUAAUACAAAAGAAAAAGUGAUGCUGAAGUACCAUUUGCUGAAUUUGUUCAAAGCUCAGUUAAAGUAAAUUCUUACAGGCUUUUACAGCUAAAACAAAUCUAUUUGUGCAUAUAUUCUAUACAUUUCAGCAGUCACUGAUUUGAAUAAGUGUACUUAAGUGUACUCAGUCUCAUUGGAACACAAUGAGACUGAGAAGACAAAGAUAAUAUCUGGCUGUUGGGAUGUUUCAUAUGGUGUGAACACAGGUGGGCCUUAGAAUUAUAUGUACUGUCCCUUGUUGUGGGUAUUUGCAAGGUCAAGUUGACACUUUCAUAUAUGGUAUUUUCUUGUUCAUUCUGCUCUUCUCUUCUGCUCAUUGCAAGAGAAGUAGAAGAGACAUUGUGUAAAGUGGAGGACCCAGUCCAAUUUCACAUUUUGGCAAAAUACCAAUAAUGGCAGAUUAGUUAUUUAGAGUAUGGAGGUUUAGAUAAUAGGGAUCCAAUAGAAACAUGGUACUGCCCAGAUAACUUUGGUGAAUGAGUGGUAAAGAAAUUUACUAAUAGCUUCCAGAUGUUCUGGAUUACAACUCCCUGGCUUUCUGACAAUUGGCUAUGUUGGCUGGGGCUGAUGGGAGUUGAAGUUCAAAAUACCUGCUGGGCUCUAAAGUAGGAAAUACUACAACAGACUAUGUGAAAAUUAUAAUAAAAGCUAAAUAAUAGGGUUGCACUAAGAACAGUGAAAUGUCUGCUUCUGCUUAAUCUUAAUGGAUACCUUUAUUGAGAUCAAUCAGUAAUAUUUUCAAAAAGAAUGUAAAAGCAUUCUUUGCAUAAUUUAGUGGCCCACACUGCAGUCCUGCACAUAGUUUCAAGGGAGUAAGUCCCAUAGAAAAUUGUGAAAUUUGUGUCCGAGUAAGUAUGCAUAGGAUCAGUAGGGGUACUGGGAUUUGAGUGUCAAAACUGUGAUAAACUGGAGAAAUUUUCUAAAGUUUGCUGCUUUUGUUUUCAAGGAGAUACGAUUUUUAAUCAGUCAUUCCUUUGGAAGAAGGAACUUGAAAAGCAGACAAUGGCUGUGGUUAGUUGUCUGUCAGCUGGGUGGAUUCUGGAUCACCUCUCCUUCAUAAACAAGUCUGGUUACCAGCUCUGUCACUCAAAUGUCCAUUCUGGCUUGACCUCUUCUAGCAAACCUGUUACUGCUGCUUCCUCAGAUGAGGAUCUUACUGUAGCUACUCUAGGUACUACAGACACUUACAGGAAAGAUUCUGUUUCUGAGUUCAAAGCUGAAAAAGCAAAAUUGAAUCAAAUGCUGAAAGAGACAUAUGUUUUUCGGGAAGAAUUCUUUUAUAUCCUUAAGCCUCAUAUAGCUGCAAAUAUUCAAUUGGAAAUCCAGGAAAGUAGCUCUGAAGUUGGUUUAGAAAGUAGUGGAGCAGAGCAGCAGAGCAGCAGACCCAAGAGCGAUGGUUCAUGCUUUACAGCUAAAGCUAAAAAGAAACGGAAAAGAAGCAGUGAACUUAAUCAUGGUGAACAUGAUGCUUUGGAAUAUCAUUCAAAGGUCAGCAGCAUGAUUUUGGAAGGUACCGAGAGUUUAGUUAAGGUGGGGCUCAGAAGUGGUUUUCUCGAAGCUAGUUCCACCAAACAGUUUUGUGUCAAGACUCCUGUUACGGGACAUAAUGAUUGUGGUUUGGCUGAAUUAUGUGAGAUGGCAAAAUGCUUUUCUACUGUGAAUGAAAGAGAGCAAAGAGCUGUAUUUAUGAUGGAUGAGGAAACUUCGAUUCCAGAACAAGUUCAGCUAUCCUGUGUUACAGAAAAUACCACAAACUAUGCAAAGAUAAUAACUUUAAUGGGACAGAAGUACUUGUUUCCACCCAAAAGUGCUUUUCUUUUAUCUGAUAUUUCUUUUAUUCAGCCACUUUUGGACUAUAAUAAAAAAUUUGGUAUAAUUGUGAUAGAUCCACCAUGGGAGAACAAGUCUGUUAAACGGAGUAACAGGUACGGUUACUUGUCUCACUGGCAAAUCAAGCAAAUCCCUGUGCCCGCGCUGGCAGCCCCAGAUUGUCUUGUAGUCACAUGGGUGACAAACAGACAGAAACAUCUACGUUUUGUAAAGAAUGAACUUUAUCCCCACUGGUGUGUGCAUGGAGUUGUGGAAUGGUUCUGGGUUAAAAUUACAAGGUCUGGAGAGUUCAUAUUUCCAUUAGAUUCAUUUCACAAGAGGCCUUAUGAAAUUCUUGUACUGGGUAGAGUCAAGCAGCAUCCAGAUAUACCAUUAAGGAUUUCAGAAGAUGGAGUGUGUCCAGCAAUUCCAGACCACAAGUUAAUUGUGAGUGUACCUUGCACUCUUCAUUCACAUAAGCCUCCUUUAACAGAGAUUCUGAAAGGAUAUACCAAACCAGAUGUGGAAUGUUUGGAGUUGUUUGCUCGGAAUUUGCAUCCUGGAUGGACCAGCUGGGGCAAUGAAGUCCUCAAAUUCCAGCACAUGGAUUACUUCAGGACUUUGCAGAAUAGAAGAGACUAAUAACAUACUGUGGGGAUUUUUAUUUUGGUCUUUCUGAAAUUCAUCUUUGGCAUUAGUACUGCAUCUGGGAAGCAGUAUGAAUAAACUAGAACUCAAUAUAUUUUUGAAAUUGUUGCAGUAGCAUUUUGGUGCUACUUUUAGAUGCAAAAUUUGUUCCUGUUAUAACUAGAUCCAUAUCGGUCCUUUCCUGCAGCAAAAUGCAUUCUUUCUUUCCUCUUGUGGGAAAGUAGUCAUUUCUCCCAGCCGUCAAAAUCGAGGCUUGCCCUUCAAAGUUGGGUUCUAGGCCUUUAUUAUUGUUGUAUUACAUUUCUGUAUUGCCCUAUAGCCCAUUGGGCUCUCUUGGUGGUGUACAAAUUCAUUUCAAAAUACACAGUAAAAACAAUGCACUAGAAUAAAAAAUAAAGUAACAACAAUAGGCCCACAAUAACCCUAGUAGAAAACCCAACACCCCAACCAACAUUGAACUAGCACCAAAUGGGCAAUGCCCUGUGCACUGGCUGGUUAUAAACAUGCAGCCCUGCCUCAUUUCUGACUCCACUCUGCCAAUGCAGGUGUGGCAACCAUUCCCCUUUCUUUCUCUGCUCAGUGCUGAAGCUCUCUCACCACUCAACCGUGGUGUCAGGCAGCAGGAGCAACAGAACCUUAAAUGUGCAUUGGCAUUAUGUGUGGAUGUCACUUAGAGUGACGUGUAUAACAAAAGAGAGCAUUAAUGCAUUUUGAAUGAGUAAAGCAUGUUCCUUGGCUGAUUCCAACAUUGAUUUGCAGAAAGGGUGCAGUUCAGAGAGUUCAUAUUGUAUAUGAAUAUGUAAGCAUACCCAUAUGUGAUGGAUGAGCAAUUAGUUUCAGUUUGGUUUUGACUAGGAUUUACCCAGUUUACAAAUUGUGUUUGGAUUCAGAAUAUGAAAUCAAAUAUAUACAUUUCUGAACAUGCAAUGUAAAAAUGUGGACUAAAACAAUGAACUUGAAAAGAUACGUUUUGAAAAUGGCCAUGGGCAUUCUGUACUUCGGGGGAAAAAUGUAUCCAGUUUAUGCAUACAUCUGUCAAAAUGUGCAUAUGAAAAAACACAUGAAAAUACACAUGUAUGCAGAUGUAAAUCAGAAUGAGGUUUGAGAUGGAGAACUUCAGAGAGAUUAGGUUUUCUUGAUUCACACAUUUCCUAACUACAAGAUGGAUGGAACUCAUUACACACAUUUUAAAAAGACAAAAGAUUAUUAUCCUAAUUCAGUGAAAGUCAAAUGUGAUUAUGUUACACUGAAAGGAAUAGUUGUGACUAAACUGAUUUAUUGAUUCCAGUAGAACUUUAAUUGGAUUGAAGCCCACCUCUUUAUUUUAAUGAUUUCUUUGCUCUGAUGUAAAGGUCUUGAAUUUCACUGAAUAUGUAUUCUUCUUGCUGUCCUUAAAAAGAUGGGUUUUAUACCUAUGGUUACUGCAAUAAUUUAUUUUUAGAAUGAUACAUUGUAUAUGUUUUUCUCUUCCCAUAGGGUUUCAUUUUUUCAAAAGCCCUCUAAUGAAAAUUAUCAUAAAUUUGUAUGCAAGACAGAAAGAAAAAGAAUAUCCUAAGAAGAAACCAUUAUUUAAAAACAGAAUAAAUCUCACUGUACUACAAAUUAGAUAAACUCAGUAUGCUGUUAAAUUUUUAAAUACACUGUGAAUGUUUUGAGGCACUAUUUAGCUUUUUGGCUAAAGCAGCAGAACACCAACAGGCACGCAGACAUGCGCACAACCUCUUGUACACCCAGAAGAGCAACACUUAAUCAUGGUAAGCUGGUUUUUCCUCAUUUCAAGGGUGAACAGAUUAAAUAAGGGAACUAUAUUCAGAAGUACUGGAUUUUGAUACUGUAUCCUUACCCAAUCUAGAUAGCUCACAAUAUAAAAUUGCAAUAAAGCAGCAACCCUAACACACCUACUAUUGAACUUCAAGGUUAAAGUGCAUAGGAUAAAAAGUUUAAAAACCACCACCAUUGGGUUUUAUUUGGGUGCAACACUCAAAUCUGGGUGUAAGCCCCAUUGAAUUCUGAGUAGACAUGUGUAGGACUGUGUUUCAAAUUACUAUAGCAGAGAUGAGGAACAUGUGGUCCUCCAGAUAGUGGAUUGCAACUCUCAUCAUCUUCCACCAUUGACUGGUGGUUAGGCCUGUUGAGAAUUGCAGUGUAACAACAUUUGGAGGGCCCAGUCCUAGACUCUUAAUAUGCAAUGGGUGAUGGUAUUUAAUUUUUAUAAUUGGAGGUCUUGAUGUGAAAGCUAGUCUGGAACUCUGCCAGUUGUCUGCUAUUAGAAAAGGCAACAGUGAGAUUCAUACUUAAAUAAUCUCAAUGUUCUGAUCAAACUUUUUAAAAAGAGAAAAUGAAGAAUCAAGUUUAAU